AUGGCGGUGGUUCAAAGUCAACCGGAAGCAAGAACAAGAUUUACACGUAGUUAUAAGAUUUGGUAUCUUCAUGGAGAAAGAUUUGAGUAUGGUAGUAGUAGCGAACCUCAAACUGCCGAUAGGUUAGAUGAACCUACCACGGAUGUAGAUUUUGGGUUAGGGAUUGUUCAGAUGGUAUAUGAUGCAUAUGGAGAAAAUUUACCGUCGGGUGAAGAGGAAGGAGAUAGACAAGAACAACCCAAUGUAGAAAAUUUCCCAUGUGAAGAGGAAGGCGAACGAGAACAACCCAAUCUAGAAGCCAGAAGAUUUUUUGAAAUGUUAGAUGCAGCUAAGCAGCCAUUGUAUCAAGGAUGUAAAGAUGGGCAUUCACCUUUAUCAUCCGCAAGUCGAUUGAUGGCGCUAAAGACUGACUAUAAUUUGGCUGAAGAAUGUGUGGAUGCGAUUGCAGAUUUUGUUAAAGAUGUUCUUCCUGAAGAUAAUCUUGCACCUGGCUCAUAUUAUGAGGUACAAAAAUUGGUCGCUGGUCUUGGCUUACCAUAUCAGGUGAUAGAUGUAUGCAUCGAUAACUGCAUGAUUUACUGGAGAGCAGAUGAGAACAGGGAGAGAUGUAAAUUCUGUCGGAAACCUCGUUAUCAGGAUACGACUGGAAGAGUUCCGGUGCCAUACAAACGAAUGUGGUAUUUGCCGUUGACUGAAAGAUUAAAGAGGUUAUAUCAGUCUGAACGAACAGCAGAACCAAUGAGAUGGCAUGCUGAGCACUUAACAAAUGGUGAGAUAACACAUCCUUCCGAUGCAGAGGCGUGGAAGCAUUUUCAAUCAACAUAUCCAGAAUUUGCAUCUGAGAACAAGAGGGUGUUUGACAGUCCACCUGAAGAAGUAAGUGGCAAAAAUUUGAAGGAACAAUUAAGAGAUUUUGGUGCAGAUAAAACGCCAGACGUGGGUGGAAACGGACAUGAACCGAUUUAUGGUGUAGGGGAAAAUCAUAAUUGGCAUAAGAAGAGUAUCUUCUGGGAUUUGCCCUAUUGGGAGACUCAUUUGUUGCGGAACUGUUUAGAUGUCAUGCAUAUUGAGAAGAACUUUUUCGACAAUUUGAUGAACACCAUCCUUGAUGUCCAAGGCAAGACGAAGGAUAACUUGAAGUCAAGACUGGAUUUAGUUGAUAUUUGUGCUCGACGAACUUCAUGUUGA